AAUCCGAAAGGAUUUGGUUAGGUGGAGCGAUUGAUAACUCUAUUCUAUGAUAGCGAUUUUAAUACAUAGGAAGCGAGUGACGAUCUUGGUAAGCAUCUACUGUACUUGUAUGGGUAACCUCGGGUGAUAGGCGUUGGGCAUCAUCAGAUUUCGCGAUGACGAUGCGCAUUGCCAUUCGGGGGACUGGUGCUCGGGUAACGUUAUUGAGGGCAUCACUCGAAUAGGGAGUGAGAUGGAUUCUCAACUUACUCACCAAUCGGGGCCAUUACUACCUGCUGCGCAUCACACCGGCUUCCCCACCAGCUCGUGUUUUCCGAAGCUGGUGAUCAGACUCCUCUACCCUUCUGGAUGCAUCGAAGUCAUAUUCAAGAGCGGUGCACUGCACAACAUAGAAACCCCGUUUUCUUUAUCCUGUCCACUCAAUGCCUGUGCCUACUAACGAAAACGUAGUUGUCAGGUGGGAUGUCGGUAACUUACGAGUAAACACGUUUUGGGAGAUCAGGCGGUUGCGGACUAAUCCUCCGACCUAUUCCCGUCGCCGCCGUGUCACACUUUGCCAAAGGUCGUUGGAGACAUUCCAAUUAUGAUACGGUACGACAAUUGGUUCAUGUGGGACCAUCGAUCAACCGGGUCCAGUUCCGAGGGAACGGCAGUGGGGGCCGCCGCCGUAAAGGGAGUGUAGCCGUUGUACCGGACCGACUAAUCCCCGAAACAAUCACCGGAUAGUAGGAGACGAGGACUGGGCGCCGGUUUUCUACUGUAUCGAGAGACGGUUUCGGCCGUUACUAGUACAGCGGUGCGGCACGUUGGUCUGCACCUUGCAGGGGGUGCGCGCAUACUGUACUCCAGUCCUUGCACACGAUCCUUAUGGAUUCUUGACAAGGCAGCGGAAAGCCUUGUGGAAUUCUCUCUCUCUCUCUCUUCUCUUCCAGCUCACGGCUGCAACGGGGGAUGCUUGUGAACCCUUAUAGACUUGUGUUCUCCAGCGUUUCCGCCAUGUGGGAGGCUCUCAGCGAGUGGGGACUCCGAGUAGGGUGGUAUAUAGUUGGGUGUUAAUCUGGGCCUUGCGAUUGUCCGUGACGGUCCAGCGGUGUUGAGAAGAAGAAUAUAAUACCUUCGUGAUUGCGGGGAUUCCCACUCUUUCCCUGCUCUGCCUCUUCAAUUAGGAUAGUGCUCUCAUUCCUUUGGGAAAGGGUUCUAGCGAGUAUGUCUCUCACUCAAACCAUUUUUUCGCUCCCGGGGGGUUCGACCGCCGCAUUGAUCCUACUAGUACUGUCGGCGGGGAUUCUUGCGCAGCAACUCUUCAGGGGAAAGGACCCCCUACCGCUUCCGCCUGGGCCACCGCGUCUUCCGAUAGUCGGAAAUAGCUUUCAGAUUCCUCUAAUAAACCCGUGGCGAAAACAGGCCGAAUGGACUAAGCAAUAUGGACCCAUCUACAGGCUCAAGCUUGGAAAAGAUACAGUCAUUGUAUUGGGGACACAGAAGGCAGCAAGAGAUUUGCUAGAGAAGAGGUCGAAGAUUUACUCUUCCAGGUAUGCAGAUCUUUAAAACGUUUAUUUGCUUGAAAAGCUUGUCCGUUUUGCCUUGUAGAAAUUCACUUGCUUUGUUUACAGGCUUAUUUGAAUUGUUGGGGUUUAAGCUAAUUGCAAUAUGUGAUAGACCGAGGUCUGUUAUGGCCGGUGAAAAUGUUUCUAGAGGCAAGCAAUCAUUAAUCCAUCCAUCUUAUGUGGAAAUAAUUUUAAUGAAAUGUAGAAAUGAGAGUCGUGCUUCUGCAAAGAGGCGACAAAUGGAGAAUGCACCGUCGUCUUCAGGGACAGGUCAUCAACCAGAACAUCGUAAACAAAUACAAGGGGUUCCAGGAUCUCGAGAGCAUACAAUUGAUCAAAGAACUUGUUGACCGCCCGGAGGGCUUCUUUGAUAGUUUCCAUAGGUCAGUCAUGUCAUUCUUCGUUUGAUGAACCCAUACCUAACACAUUCGUCAGGUAUAACUCAUCCGUCAUUUUCGCUCUAGCCUAUGGAAAACGUAUGCCCCGCGGUGAUGAGGAGGAUGUUGUAGCCAUCGACGAAAUCACUAGUAACUUCCUCUACUCUGCCCGUCUAGGGACCUGGAUUGUCGAUUCAUUUCCACUCUUGAACUAUCUCCCAACCUUUGUGGCACCCUGGAAGCGCAUCGGCGAUAACUUCUAUAACUGGGCCGAAAAGAUGCAUACUUUUAACCGGGAUGAAGCCCUCCAACGCAAGGGCUGGAACUGGACCAAGGAAAUCGCAAGAACGAAGGAAGCGCAGAACGUCUCUCCUCUAGAACUUGCUUUCAUGGUCGGUUUCCUAUACGAGGCCGGUAGUGACUCCACCACCAUCGCUCUGGAAAUCUUCAUCCUCGCCCUCCUCAAGCACCCUGAAGCCCUCAAGCGCGCGCAAGAAGAACUUGACCGCGUCGUUGGCCCCGAUCGUCUCCCAACCUUCGACGACAAAGACAACCUCCCUUAUGUCUGUAACUGCGUUGAUGAAGUCCUCCGCUGGCGUUCGCCCUCCGCUGGAGGUGUCCCUCACGUGGUAGAGGAAGACGACGAGUACAUGGGCUACCGCAUCCCGAAGGGCGCCAUCGUAGUCGGCAACCUCUGGAGUAUCCAUCAAGACCCUGAAGCCUACCCCAACCCGACCAAGUUCAUGCCCGAGAGAUGGGACGACAGAGAGAAUGUACACUACGGCUUCGGAUUCGGGCGACGGGCCUGCCCAGGAAGGCACAUUUCCUCCAACAGUCUGUUUGUUAACUACGCUAGGAUUCUUUGGGGAUUCAAUGUCGAGUAUGCGAAGAAUUCCGACGGUACCGUGAUCCCUGUUGAUGAGUGGAAUAUGACCCAAGGUUUCAUGAGCCGGCCGGUUAGGUAUAAGGCUUCUAUCACGCCAAGGGAUGCUAAAAGAGUGGAGGUUAUUGACCGGGCGUGGAAGGGGGCAGAAAUGCAGCUGCAGGAUAUGAGUAACAUAUUGAAAAUUGAGGACUUUUAAACGUAGCUUGGGAGGUCGUUUUGUCUAUGCUCGCUUGCGUUCUUUCUUUUUUUUUUCUCUCUUCUUUCACCUUUGCUCGCGUUUUCUUUUGGCUUGUAGAAAUGGGUCUUUCCUAAGUACGAGUACAGGCAGAAGCAACUUAUGCGAUGGCUAGUUUAUACUAGAAUUUAUGAUCCGAUUACUCAU